UUAAAGUUACCUAUAGAUUACGUUACUAUAUUAAAUAUGUUUACAUUAUUUCACUGAGCUUUUCUUUUAAGGUUACGAGUGUCUGAAUGUAUGACACCAUAUAACCCAAAACAAACGCGAACCGCUUUACUGUUCGCUGAACCGCCGUGAUUACACGAAUACGGAAACAACAGGCAGGGAGUCUCUUGUCUUCUUCAGCUGUUGGACCUCUUCGUCGCGAGCCAGCAACAUCGCCUGCCUCCCCUCACGAGGGAACCAGCCCAGUCUUAUCAGCGCGCGGCGGUGGUUGAAGAUGGCGCUAGCCGAAUGGAAAUCCUAAUGACAGUCUCCAAAUUUGCCUCUUUUUGUACCAUGGGCGCCAAUGCCUCUGCUCUGGAGAAAGAGAUUGGAUCUGAACAGUUUCCGGUCAAUGAGCACUACUUUGGCCUGGUCAAUUUUGGAAACACCUGCUACUGCAACUCGGUGCUGCAGGCGCUGUACUUCUGCCGACCAUUUCGGGAGAAGAUCUUGGCGUACCGCAGUCAGCCACGGCGAAAGGAGAACCUGCUCACCUGCCUGGCCGACCUGUUUCACAGUAUUGCCAACCAAAAGAGGAAAGUGGGCGUCAUACCACCCAAGAAGUUCAUCACACGGCUUCGCAAAGAGAAUGAGCUGUUUGACAAUUACAUGCAGCAGGAUGCCCAUGAAUUCCUGAACUACCUGCUCAACACCAUCGCAGAUUUGCUUCAGGAGGAGAGAAAGCAGGACAAGACCAACGGCCGCCUUGCAAACGGCACGUUGGACUCUCAGAACAACAACAGCAAUGCCACACCCGCUCCAACCUGGGUCCAUGAGAUCUUCCAAGGCACUCUGACCAAUGAGACACGAUGCCUUACCUGUGAAACGAUAAGCAGCAAGGAUGAGGAUUUUCUGGACCUUUCUGUGGAUGUAGAACAGAAUACCUCCAUCACGCACUGCCUCAGAGGUUUCAGUAACACAGAGACGCUGUGCAGCGAGUACAAAUACUACUGUGAAGAAUGUAGAAGCAAGCAGGAGGCACACAAGAGGAUGCGUGUUAAGAAGCUGCCAAUGAUCUUGGCUUUGCACCUGAAGCGCUUUAAGUACAUGGAGCAGCUGCAGCGCUACACCAAGCUCUCCUAUCGCGUCGUCUUCCCUCUGGAGCUCCGCCUCUUCAACACCUCUGGGGACGCUACCAAUCCCGAGAGGCUCUACGACCUGGUCGCUGUGGUGGUGCAUUGUGGGAGUGGGCCAAACAGGGGUCACUACAUUGCCAUUGUGAAAAGUCAUGACUUUUGGUUGCUGUUUGAUGAUGAUAUUGUGGAGAAAAUUGACGCGCAGGCCAUAGAAGAAUUCUACGGUCUUACUUCUGAAAUCUCCAAGAACUCUGAGUCGGGCUACAUCCUCUUUUACCAGUCCAGAGACUAAGCGUGGAGCCCCGUGUUUAGCCACAGAAACCAGAAGAAAUUCUGUUCCCUCUUUAUGAGGAGCAGCAGACUAUAAACACGCCACAGCAGCCCGCCCGGUGUCACACCUGCCCGCCCAGCUGUAUUUAGUUAUUGUGCUUUUACGCGCUCAGCGCUGCAGCUCAGCCGUGGAAGUUUCUCCACUUACCAGCUGUUCCUCCUGGCCCCCCAUGUCCUCGCUCUCCACCUCCUCCCUUUCACUCUGGCUGGAUGCUGCUGCUGUCUGAACAAUGAGACGAUAAUGAAUGAAAACUUUGUCAAGAUUGUUUUUAAAGAGACGAUGAAUGAGGGUUGUACAGAUAUUGGUUGGUCGUAUGAGUGGCAUAUUUGAUUUUUCCUUGGGUGUGGGGUUGAAUGGGUAUUUAAUAAUUCAUAUGAUGUAACAUCGGCCCGGUGUCUUCACCCCCCACACCGUUAUUCUGCACUUGGAUUUACUGAGAGUGGAUCAUAUUUUUGAUCAGACGUAAAGGGGGAUGGGUGGGGGGUGAGUCUUAUGGGACACACCGGGUUGUGUAUUUCUACAGUGUACAGAAUGGUAUUUGUAUAAAUAUAACAAUAAGAUAAUAUUAUCAUUGAAAUUCUUAGACCUUGAGAAGAUGUAUUAACACUAUGGUGCACUUUUGAUACCGUUUUGUAGGUGUUGGCAAGUUUAUUGUGAGGGUUUGCUUGAAAAGGCCUGUUGUAAAGCGAUUAUUUUCUGUUUUAAAGAAAACGAAAUAAAGCCAGUAAGAUUGAU